AUGGCCGACAAUAUCGUGGCGGAUCAGCUGGCAUUUCUCCUCUUUGGAGAUCAGUCCCUCGACACCCAUGGCUUCCUCGCCGACUUGUACAGGCGGGGGCCCCAAGGCGUCCUGGCCAAGGCCUUUCUUGCACAGAGCUGUGAGAGCCUGAGGAAAGAGAUUGAAGGAUUGCCAAAGUUGGAGCGAGAGAAGCUACCCAAGUUUCAAUACCUUCAGCAGUUGAACCAGAGAUACCACGCACAAACCAUCAAGCAUCCCGGGGUUAGCAGCGCGCUGUGCUGUAUCACUCAACUCGCUCACUACAUAGACUAUGCCGAGUCUCAUUUCGAAGAUGUCACAGACCAUGGGCGGAUGUGCCUCACGGGACUCUGCACUGGUCAAUUUGCCGCGGCUGCCAUCGCAUCCACUCCUUCGCUAUCAACACUCGUUCCAGUUGCCGUCGCGGCUGUCCUACUGGCUUUCCGGACAGGCCGUCAUGUCGGAACCUUUGCCGACAGAAUAUACCAAUCGUCAGAUAGUACGGAGAGCUGGACGUACAUCGCGUACAACGUCUCAAUAAAGGAGGCGCAGUCUAUCCUAGCUGACUUCCACCACACGAACGGAAUCCCAGAAGCAAACCAGGCCUAUAUCAGUGCGUCGGCUCUGGACAACCUGGGUAUUUCUGGCCCGCCUUCAACCCUGAAGGCGCUUUUCGCCAAUGGAAAGUUCGCUACCAGCUCGACCACCCCAGUCUAUGGCCCGUACCAUGCUCCUCAUCUCUACUCAACGACAGACAUCGACAAGAUGCUGCGCCUAGAUGACGCCUUCAUCAUCGAUGCGUUCACGAAAACAAAGCCUCGGUCCACCAUUCUCUCUUGCAGUUCUGGUCUGCGAUUGGAAGCUCCCGAUACGGCAUCUCUGUUCCGGAACAUUGCGAGCGAGAUACUCACCAAGCCACUUCAGUUCGACAAUGUGAUCAAUGCUUGUCUGGACUUCGCGCUCUCCUCCAGCUGCAGCCGUGCUGUAGUGCUGCCUUUUGGCCCCGCGCACAACUCCUUGACCCUUGCCAGCCACCUCAAGGAAAAGUCCGGCAUCAAGAUUGAGCACCGCCAACAUCCAGGUAUUGCCCCGGAGAGCAUUUCCUCGCCUAUAGGAAACCAUGGGUCUCGAGGCAAGUGCAAGCUGGCCAUUGUUGGCAUGGCAGGGCGUUUCCCCGACGCGGCUACCCAUGAAAAGCUCUGGGAACUGCUGGCGAGUGGCCUCGAUGUACACCGAGAAGUCCCAGCAGAUCGCUUUCCAGUGGCCACCCACGUGGACCCAACGGGCAAAGCCAUCAACACCAGUCACACACCGUAUGGAUGCUGGAUUGAGAAGCCAGGUCUUUUUGACCCUCGAUUCUUCAACAUGUCGCCUCGUGAGGCGUUCCAGACGGAUCCCAUGCAGAGGAUGGCCUUAACGACAGCCUAUGAAGCUCUGGAGAUGUCAGGUUACGUGCCCAACCGAACACCUUCGACACGCCUCGACCGCAUUGGCACAUUCUACGGCCAGACCUCUGACGACUGGCGUGAAAUCAACGCCGCGCAGGAGGUGGACACCUACUUCAUUACUGGAGGUGUCCGUGCCUUUGGUCCGGGCCGAAUCAACUAUCAUAUGGGAUUCAGUGGGCCUAGUCUGAACAUUGACACGGCUUGUUCGUCCAGUGCUGCCGCUAUGAACGUGGCUUGCUCUUCUCUCUGGGCUCGGGACUGUGAUACAGCUAUUGUUGGCGGUCUAUCGUGCAUGACCAACUCGGACAUCUUCUCUGGUCUGAGCCGUGGACAAUUCCUGUCCAAGAAGGGACCUUGUGCCACCUUUGAUGAUGGUGCCGACGGUUAUUGCAGAGGUGAUGGCUGCGCGUCUGUAGUUGUCAAACGUCUUGACGAUGCGAUCGCAGACAAAGAUACCGUGCUUGCCGUCAUCCUUGGCACAGCGACCAACCACUCCGCAGAUGCCAUCUCCAUCACCCAUCCACACGGCCCAACGCAGUCCAUCCUCUCGUCUGCUAUUCUUGACGAGGCUGGUGUGGAUCCGCUUGACGUUGAUUACGUGGAGAUGCACGGAACUGGGACCCAGGCCGGUGACGGCACUGAGAUGGUCUCCGUAACGGACGUCUUUGCACCGGCCGAGAGGAAGCGACCGAGGGAUCGGCCGCUUUACCUAGGUGCGGUUAAAGCGAAUGUCGGCCACGGUGAGGCUGCAUCUGGCGUGACUGCCCUUAUCAAGGUGCUCCUCAUGCUUCAGAAGAACACGAUCCCUCCGCAUGUGGGGAUCAAGAAUGAGAUCAACAAAGGUUUCCCUCAAGAUCUCUCGGAUAGAAACGUCAACAUUGCAUUCCACAUGACUCCCUUCAAGCGCAGCGACGGUAGACCUCGCCGCGUCUUCAUCAACAACUUCAGCGCUGCUGGUGGCAAUACUGGGCUUCUGCUCGAGGAUGCGCCGAAGGACGCUUCCCCUGUUGCCGACCCACGCAGUUCUCACGUCGUAACCAUCACGGGCAAAUCAAAGUCUGCCAUGAUCAGGAACGCCGAGAGGCUCGUCAGCUUCCUGGAAAAGAACCCUCAAACGCCCCUGUCGCAUGUGGCGUACACAACUACGGCACGUCGCAUCCAGCACUACUGGCGGAUGAAUGUUGCCGCCACAGACGUGUCUGAAGCCCGCCAGUUGAUUCAGGCCCGCCUCAAAGAGACCUUCGUUCCCGUGUUGCCUGAGCAGCCCAAGGUCGUGUUUCUGUUCACCGGCCAAGGAACCGCCUAUGCCGGUCUCGGAAAGGAGUUUUAUGCCCACUACUCUAUCUUCCGUGAGAGCAUUGAUGAGUUUGAUCAGAUCGCUCAGAUCCACGGCUUCCCGUCGUUCAUGCCACUCAUCGAUGGCAGCGAGACAGAUAUACAAAAGCUGUCUCCUGUUGUUGUGCAGCUAGGCAUUACAUGUUUCCAAAUGGCAUUAGCGAGACUCUGGUCUACUUGGGGCAUCAGGCCUGCCGCAGUCCUGGGCCAUAGCUUGGGCGAAUAUGCCGCCCUGAACGUGGCUGGCGUGUUGUCCGUGAGUGAUACCAUCUUCUUGGUUGGAGCUCGAGCACAGCUACUGGUUGAGAAGUGUACUGCUGGUACACAUACCAUGCUCGCCAUUUCUGGUUCUGUCGAGUCCGUCAAGGAGGUGCUUGGUUCACGUCUUGUCAAUGUCGCUUGCAUCAACGGUGCACGUGAGACCGUCCUCAGCGGCGAGACCGCACAGAUGGCAGAGGUCAAGGAGCAGUUGAGCGGUGCGGGUUUUAAGUGCACCACUCUUCCAGUUCCUUUUGCCUUCCACUCAGCACAGGUCGAGCCCAUCCUUGACGACUUUGAGCGGGUAGCUAGCGCUGUUCGUUUCCUGCCUGUUCAAGUCCCAGUCAUCUCUCCCUUGCUGGGCGAGUUACUUGGCAGUGAGCCUGUCACUCCUGCGUACCUGCGCAACCAUGCUCGCGAGGCUGUCAACUUCUUGGGUGGGCUGACUUCGGCCCAGGAGUCUCGUCUCAUCGACGAGAAGACUGUCUGGCUCGAAAUUGGACCCCAUCCAGUCAAUGCCAACAUGGUCAAGGCUUCUUUUGGGGCUGCAACCGUGGCCGUGCCUACGCUGCGCCGCAAUGAGCCUGCCUACAAGACUCUCAGCAAUAGUCUGUGCACUCUUCACACGGCAGGACUCAACAUUGACUGGGACGAGUUUCACCGGGACUUCGGAACCUCGGUUCGUCUGCUAGAUCUCCCUAGUUACUCGUUCGACGAGAAGAACUAUUGGCUACAGUACACUGGCGACUGGUGUCUGACCAAGAACCGCGGCGCACAGAUGGUUUCUGCCAUUGCCGAAGCUCCCAAGCCCAAGCUGGAGACAGCCAGCAUCCACAAGGUUACCCAAGAGAAGGUCGAAGGCGACGUCGCGGUGGUUGAAAUCGAAUCCGAUCUCUGCCGCGAAGAUCUCCGCCGCGUUCUGGAGGGCCAUCUUGUCAAUGGCGCUCCCCUUUGUCCGUCCACUCUGUACGCUGAUAUGGCCAUGACCGUUUCAGACUAUGCCUACCGACUACUGCGGCCUAAGGCUGAGAAGUUUGGCACCAACAUUGCCAACGUCGAGGUUCCCAAGACUCUCAUCUUUGACGACAAGGCAAAGAGCCAGAUUCUGCGGCUUACCGUUACUGCCAACGCUGCUCUUGGGUAUGCAGAUCUCGUAUUCCACACUGGCGAGGGCGCCGGGCGUACUGAGCACUGCACCUGCAAGGUCCUCUAUGGUGACCUUGAGGACUGGAGCAGUGAAUUCGAUCGUGUUGCGUACUUGAUCAAGUCUCGCAUCGAUGCCCUCGUCGAAGGCGAGCAGAAGGGCACAACGUCCAAGAUUGGUAGAGGACUGGCCUACAAGCUCUUCACUGCUCUUGUCGACUAUGCGCCCCGGUACAGGGGUAUGGAGGAAGUCAUCCUUGACAGCAAGACUUGUGAAGCCACUGCCAAGGUGACCUUCCAGACCACUGAGAAUGAUGGAAGCUUCUUCUUCAACCCCUACUGGAUUGACAGCAUGUGUCACAUUUCUGGCUUCAUCGUCAACGCCACUGACUCUGUCGACUCGCGAGAGCAAGUCUUCAUCUCUCACGGUUGGGGCUCCAUGCGGUUUGUGGAGAAGCCUGAUCCUACCAAGGCAUACCGGAGCUAUAUCCGCAUGCAACCCGUGCGCGACACCGGCAUGUACGCUGGCGACGCCUACGUCUUUGAUGGCGAGCGCGUCAUUGGAGUCUGUGGAGAUGUUCGGUUCAAGAACAUCCCCCGUAAGGUGUUGAACCUCGUGCUGCCUCCUCGUGGUGCGCCAGCCCCUGCUGCACCAGUCGCCGCCGCGAAGAAGGCCCCUGCUCCCGCUGCGACCAAGGCAGCAGCAACCAAGUCCAAGGCAAUGACCAAGAGCGGUUUGGCCAAGGUCAACCAGAAACUGACCUCUAUUGUCUCACAAGUCUUUGACAUUCUCGCAAAGGAAGUGGGCGUCACGCAUGACGAGCUUGCUGAUAAUAUUGCGUUCACUGACUUGGGCGUCGACUCCCUCAUGUCUUUGACCGUCAGCGGCCGCUUGCGUGAGGAACUUGAGCUCGAUCUUGACUCUAAUGCAUUCGUCGACUACCCAACAAUUGGUGCUUUCAGAGGAUAUCUAGCUCGCUUCGAGUCUUCGCUUCCCAAGGAGGUUCUCUCCGAGGACUCAAGCUCAGACUCCGACGGCUCUCAGAUACUGGAGUCCGACUCGAACGUGACCACACCUCUCGAUGAGAGUGAAACAUUCUCGCUCAAGGGAGAUGGUAGUGUCGACGGAGACUCGUCUUCGCUUCAAGAGAUUGUGCGAAACACAAUUGCCGACGAGAUGAAGAUGGAUGUCGAUGAAAUCGUCGCCGCCCCUGACUUGGCAAACCUGGGUGUUGACUCUUUGAUGAGCCUCCAGAUCCUGGGCACUCUGCGAGAGAGGACCGGCCUGACCAUCCCCGCGGAUCUCUUCGUAUCCAACCCUACCCUGAAAGACAUCGAGCGUGCUCUUGGAAUUAGUGACGCCCCCAAGCGUCCAUCUGAACCCAAGCGAGCCAAGCCCCAGCCUCAAAUCAGGCUGGAACCUGCAGACCCUGUUACCAAGAAGGACCCGCCCCCGCAACAUAUCGUGGAUAACUAUCCCCACAGGAAGGCGUCGUCAGUCUUGCUUCAAGGAAGCAUCCGCACAGCCACUAAGCAGCUAUUCAUGAUCCCGGAUGGCAGUGGUUGUGCGACUUCUUACAAGGAGAUCUCUGACAUUGGAGAGGAGUGGGCCGUCUGGGGCCUCUUCUCACCAUUUAUGAAGACACCCGAGGAGUACCACUGCGGUGUCUAUGGCAUGGCUGCAAAAUUCAUCGAUGAGAUGAAGCGACGCCAGCCAUCCGGCCCUUACAGCCUAGCUGGCUGGUCUGCCGGCGGCGUCAUUGCCUACGAGAUUGUCAAUCAGCUCACCAAGGCUGGCGACAGGGUCGAGCAUAUCAUCUUCAUCGAUGCGCCGUGCCCCAUCACCAUUGAGCCCCUUCCCAAGGGCCUUCAUGCAUGGUUCGCGUCAAUUGGUCUCCUUGGCGACGGUGAUGACAGCAAGAUUCCUUCAUGGCUGCUACCACACUUCGCGGCUUCUGUGACGGCUCUGUCCAACUACACAGCCGAGCCCAUCCCCAAAGACAAGUGCCCCAAUGUCAUGGCUAUCUGGUGUGAAGAUGGUGUCUGCAAGCUGCCCACUGAUCCCCGUCCGGAGCCUUACCCGACCGGGCACGCACUGUUCCUACUUGACAACAGGACAGAUUUUGGUCCCAACAGGUGGGAUGAGUAUCUUGAUGUCAGCAAGAUGAAGCUCAGACAUAUGUCUGGCAAUCACUUCUCCAUGAUGCAUGGCGAUUUGGCCAAACAGCUUGGAGCAUUCAUUCGUGAGGCUGUCUUGUAA